AUUUAAAGAAUUGAUCUUCGCCAUUAAAAUGAUGCAAAAUCAUUCACGGAUUGCAGCACAUAAAGUUUCGUUUUUUUUUGCACAAAAACAUUUAAUCGUCUGUUUUAUUCGCUACGCAUAUAUAAUCAUAUCUUUGCUCAUGCAUAAAGUAAAUGAAAAAAAGUUUGUACGCGGAAACAAUUACAACAUAUCGGGAUUUUUAAGUCGUUCAAUCGGGUCACGUCUCAAGUAAGAGGGGAGUUCUUACAGUCUUAUAUAUGGAUUUGAAAGACUUCUUGAUCGUAUAGUUUUAACGUGUCAGUUUACCUUACAGUUGUGAUACGCGAAAAUAUUUGAACCAUAAGAACGUAGAAAUAUUUAAUUAUACAAUGAUAAAUUACACAGAAUUAUCGCCAAAACUUAUCCAUGGCGGGAAUUAUAUCAAAGAAGGCAGAGAUUCAGCUAAAAGUACCUGCCUAAUUUUUUCUCCUACAGAAGAAGAUGAAGUUGGAUCGUUGGGAAGAUAUCUCCAACUGUUUGCUAAACACAAAGUGAAUCUUUUGCACAUCGAAUCCAGAAGUUCUCUUCGACAACCAAACAGUUAUGAAUUUAUGGUGGAAUGUGCACCGGGUGGUAAUAUUGCCUCUGCAAUUGAAUCUUUACGUGAUCAAUGCGGUUACUUUUCGAUCAUUUCGAGAAAUCACAAAGACAAUAUGAACACAGUACCGUGGUUUCCGAGAAGAAUGCGCGAUCUUGACAAAUUCGCUAAUCAGAUUUUGUCAUAUGGUUCUGAGCUCGAUAGCGAUCAUCCCGGUUUCACAGAUCCUGUAUACAGAAAAAGAAGAAAAUAUUUCGCUGACAUUGCUUAUAAUUACAAACAUGGACAACCGAUUCCAAAAGUAGAGUACACACUCGAAGAAAUAGCUACGUGGGGCGUAGUUUUCAAAAACUUGACUAAACUUUAUCCAAAAUAUGCUUGUAGAGAGCAUAAUCACGUUUUCCCACUGCUCAUCGAGAAUUGUGGUUACCGAGAAGACAAUAUACCCCAACUCGAAGAUAUAUCUAACUUCUUGAAAGAUUCUACCGGUUUCACACUUCGUCCAGUGGCAGGAUUAUUGUCUUCACGCGAUUUUCUCGCUGGAUUGGCUUUCAGAGUUUUUCAUAGUACGCAAUACAUACGGCACAGCAGUAAACCACUCUACACGCCGGAACCGGACGUAUGCCACGAGAUUUUAGGUCACGUGCCACUUCUUGCCGAUCCAUCUUUUGCUCAAUUCUCCCAAGUUAUUGGUCUGGCCUCGCUUGGUGCUCCAGAUGAUUACAUAGAGAAACUCGCGACGUGUUUCUGGUUUACGGUCGAAUAUGGAUUGUGCCGGCAAAAUGGUGAAUUAAAGGCGUUCGGCGCCGGUUUACUUUCAUCUUUUGGAGAAUUGGAAUAUUGUUUGAGCGACAAACCAGAACUUCGACCUUUUGACCCGCCGAAGACUGCAUUGCAAAAAUAUCCGAUAACGGAAUAUCAACCCGUAUAUUAUGUUGCCGAAGAUUUUGAAGACGCAAAAGAAAAGAUGACAAAAUUUGCUCAAACUAUACCGAGAAAAUUCGGGGUCAGAUACGAUGCUUAUACACAGAGUAUCAGCAUUCUCGACAGUAAACAACAAGUAGAAGCUCUUGUAGAUAAUGUGAAUCAAGAAGUACAAAUUUUAAUGGAUGCUUUAAGAAAAUUGCAACAUUAGUUUUAUUCAAUGUACGUUAUUCUGUUAAUGCAUUCUAUAUAAUAUAUUAUAAUUUUUUUAUACUUACAUCAUUGAAAUAUUAUCGUAUGUAAAGAGAUGUUGUGAAUAAAUUAUGAUGUUUAUUAAAUAAAAAUUUUGAAUAACGUGAAAA